CAUGUUCCUGCCUGAUGAACAAGGAAGGGCCCACAACUGGCAACGAUGCGGACGGCAACCGAAGGAUGAAGCUUCAGCUCAGGCGCGAGCGAUCAUCCCAGGCCAGGUCCACAGAGCGGAUGUACAAUAACUGGGGUUGCUUCAGCAGUCCCGUCAAGCCAUUGCCCGACGUGUUGCAGAAUGCCCACGCCUUUGGAUCAUCUGCAGAACGCGACACGCUAGAUAUUGUGGAUCAAUCGGUGCCAGACUACCCAGGGCCUGGGCAAUACCCGACCAACGAGAUUACCACGGCAUUCAAUACCGUCAAGGACUACUCUAUUCAGAACAUUCCCGACGUGCGACCGCGACCAGAGACACCUGGUCCAGGACACUACACAUCCAAUUACGGUGCCGUGAUGGCAUCGCAAACGUUCGACGACUACUUCCGCACUGCGCCGCUGAAGAACUUGUCCACAUGUCAAGUCAAAAUCAAGCAAAUCACUCGGGAAAUCAAACAACUCAAGUACAAAAAGGCGCUGGCGUUGCCCAGUUUGCCCGUGGAAAAGCAAAAAGCCAUGUGCAAUGAAACGUUUGACCUCGUGCAAGCGCUGCUGCUAGAAAAGGCCGCCCUCGAAGCCGACGAAGCAGAAGCGCGGCAACUUGCCAACCCUCGCGCGCGAGCGACCACGAGGAGGAAAAAUGCCGUGGUGUUGCCGUCGUACGGCGAGAUUGCGCACAGCCUCGCCCGGCCAAAGAGUGUUCCGUUCAUGCACACUGAGAAGCGGUUCUUCGACGCCAUCGACAUCACACACACAAAGUACGAGACGCCCAUGCCAGGGCACUGUCAGCGACUCGACGCCCACUCUACGUUUGAAAUGUCUCCACGGCUCCCUACCAUCCCCAAAGGCACUCCCCCCGAUGUAAUUCCAUUCCACGAUGGAUAUGUGUUUGCCUCGAAAGCCAACCCGAACAGCGAAACAGGACCAGGAGCGUACAUGCCAGAUGUCGUAGGUGCAGCUCCCCCGUCGACAUCUCUUGGACGACGGACCAAGAGUGGCCCCCAACUCACGUUACAGCUGUUUCACCACUCGACCAACACCAAACUACCCGCGACACAAUAUCUCGCCCAAGUCCACCAAGAUCGGCAGCGAAAGCGUGUGCACGCAGCAAGGCAACUUGACAUCGACCUCGUCCGGCAAUUGGGAGAUGCCUCAUUGUCCACAUAGCAACAUAUAGAACGAUCCCUUCACUAUUAUAUUAUUCAACGGGUUCAUCCUUCCAAUGGUUCCUACGAUGUCGACUCCGCGAGCAGAUUGCGGACCACGGGGAUGCGCACAACCCCGUUGUGGGCUUGAAGUGGCUGUCCACACACAUUGACAUUUGGC